AUGCCCGAGACGGCGCUCAAGCAACGCCCAGCCAAUACCACGCCAAACCCCUUCGCAGCGCCCGUGGUCGCCGGCGGGGGCGCCGAUGGCGAGGGCGACGAGAAGGGCACCAAGCGAGAUGCUGCAGCCAUGGAGGAGGAGGAUCCCAUCGAGCCCGACACUGUGUUCCUGGGUCGUUUGCCUCCCAAUAUCGAAGAAAAACGCAUCCAGGCAGCCUUUAAGCAUGUGGGGAAGAUUGAGCGGGUGCAUUUGGCCAGGGAAGCAGGCGAGGGCACGGCCUGCAAGGGCUUUGGAUGGGUCACCUUUUCAACACCUGAGGAGGCGGAGGCUGCAGUUGAGAUGGAUGGGAUGCUGGAGUGUGGUGGACGGAUGAUUACCAUCUCCAUCAGUCGGCCGAAAGCUCGAGCGGAUGGAGGUCCCAGGAAAAAGAAGAGGGAGAUCCAAAUCGCUCAAAGCUCAGAUCCUGUUGGUUCUGCCUGGUGA